AUGAGAAAGAAAUGGAUUGACUUUGCUAUGAAAAAAUCAGAUGAGACAGGUAGAAAGGUCUUAACGUAUUUAAACAUGUUCGUUCCAAACAGUGGUGGAUUUUCCUUUACUAUAACACAGUUGUACGACGAGCUGUUUCACGUUUGCGUCACAACUGAACAAUAUUUAAAAAUCAAACGUGAAUUAGAAGAGGAGUUCGACCUAGAGUUACCAGUCGUUCGGGAACAGGGAUUGCUUUCUGGGGGAGCAAGGCAAGAAGAACGGGUUAGAAACAACACGGAAUUCUCGCGAUUACGUGAAGAAGAUUUGGUUGAAAUGAACAAACCGAUUAUCAAAAGAAAACACGAAGAAGCACAAGAUCACUUUGCCUUGGUGGAAAAUGCUUUCAGUAUACAGGAUCAAAAAGAUUUCUUGGCAUUUGAUAGCAAGGCGUACGAGCACGAUUACUCAAAAGUUCUUGAAAUCGGCUACGUCAUUGUUCGUUUCUCACGACAUGGCACAGAAGGUAAUCUUCCCAAGGCAAAAGUGAUUAAUCGGAAACAUCUGAUAAUUGAAGAGAAUCUUCACUUGAAGAACAAAGAUAAUGUUCCAGACAACGGAGAUGAAUUCAAGUUUGGUGUUUCGGAGACCUUGUCGCAGGAGGAUGCAGUGGAAAGGUUUUUAUUUGUAAAGACUGUCGCAUACAACCUGCUUACAACUUGAGUUGUACUGUGUAAAUCAAGCACACAACUCACCUACGUUGUGUAAGUACACAACUCGCCUACGUUGUGUAAGUUGUAAAUGUAAGCAGGUUGCAUGUGACAGUUUUAGGUACAAGUUGUGUAUUUUAAACAUGUAAAUGAAGAGCCAUACUGUUAAAAUGUUACCCUGCAGUAAUUUAUAAUUAUCAUCAUUUUCGUGUUCACGGAGACCUUCUGCAACGGUACUAUAGUGUCAACUUGUUGUUCAUGAUGACAUGAAGAUGAAAUCUUUUUAAUUAGGUUUCAACAGAUGUCUACCACUUUUCUAUUUUCUGAGGUUGAUUAUUAGUUCAUAUUAUUUCAUAUUUCAAAUUUAUACACUCGUUAAGACUGGUCUACACUAUCAAAGUUUCUGUGAUCCAGUAGGAAUUUUGCAUGUUAGGUAAAUUCUAAGUUUUGAAGGAUUUGUUUAACACCGAGCCAGUUCCCUCAAACACUUCUUACAAAUCCUUCAAUUAAAACUUAGAAUAGUGUAAACCACGCAUUAAUCUUCCCUUACUAUCAUGAUUAUCAUUACUAUUACGAUCCCUCAUGACUUAUUAUCACUAUUAUUACUAUUAUUUAAAGGUUUCGUGAAGGUGUUAGAGGAAGUGAUUACCUUCUUCAACAUUCAGUGAAACAUGACGAUGCUUACCUCAGAAAUAUAGGCGUCGAUUUGAGCGUCCGUGGUAAUGAAAUGUUCUACACUCAAGUCGUCCAAACCUACAAAGGAAGUUUGAUAGAAAGUGAGAAAUAUUUCAUGUGUAGCCUGUCCUUUCUGAUGGGAAAAUAUCUCGGCUAUCAAGAGCGUAAUCUACAAAAUGCUGCUGGUAGUAAAGCCAUCUACACGAUGAUGGCGUUUCUACGACAGAUGGGAUACAGUGCUGAGGAAGUCAAAACCAUCAUCGCAUCUUAA